CUCACACUCCCCUCAGCCCCUGUCAUUCCUCCCUCUCCCUCCCGCUGCCCUUUGAUCCCGGAAGUUGUUGUCCGCCCGGAUUGUGCCGUCGCGGCCGGAGCGGAGCGGAGCGGCAGCCGGCGGUGGGGGCGGCCCGGGCCCGGGCUCCGAAAUUGUGCUGAAGAAUGGAUAUAGUUAAUGUUCCACUUCCGUCAAGCAGCACAAUGCAGUCAUCAAAUUUUGCUCAUGUGAUCUUUCAAAAUGUGGCAAAAAGUUACCUCCCUCAUGCUCCCCUUGAGUGCCAUUACACGCUGACUCCAUGCAUUAAACCACAUCAAAAGGACUGGGUUGGCAUCUUUAAGGUUGGCUGGAGCACUGCUCGUGAUUACUAUACAUUUCUGUGGUCUCAAGUACCAGAAGAUUAUGCAGAAGGAAUUUCAUAUACCCGUCUUGUGGUUUUCCAAGGUUAUUACCUUCCAAACGAUGAUGGAGAGUUUUAUCAAUUCUGUUAUGUAACGCACAAGGGAGAAAUCAGAGGAGCAAGUACACCUUUCCAGUUCCGCGUGCCGUCUCCCACAGAUGAGCUGCUUACCAUGGAAGAUGACACAAACUCUGACAUGCUCGUGGUGACAACAAAAACUAACUUUCUUGAGCAAAAGAUUGAAAUGUUGCUCAAAGAAAAAGAGGAACUAUUGAAAGCUAAAUCUGGGCUUGAGGAGGAACUUGGGCAAUUAUGUGAACGCAUGGAAAAGUUUGAUAUAGAAAUUCAUCAUGAGAAAGAAGUCUGUGACCAAAUAAAAAAGGAUUACAAGGAUCUCUUUCAGAGUUCAGAAGCUUUGAAAGUCGAGAAAGAUGAUGUCGAGAAGAAGUACGAGGAAGUUGCAGCACGAAUUGCACAACUUGAAGAAGACAUAGUAACUGCUAAUCAGAAAGCCAUUACAAAGGAAACUGAAUUAGAUAGUGUAAAGCAUAAACUGAGGAGACUGCUUGCUGAAAAAGAACAAUUAGAAUUACAAUUGAAGAAUGAAAAGGAUGAGAAAGAGUUAUACAAGGUUCAUGCAAAGAAUACAGAGAUUGAAAACACAAAACUAGUAACAGAGAUGCAGUCAUUUAAAAAUCUUGAUGCAAAUAAAGAGAGCAUGCUGACCCAUUUGAAGGAAGAAGUUGGAAGAUUACAACAAUGCUUGUCAGAAAAAGAGAAAUUGCAAAGGGAAAUGCUAGUUAAUUCUUCCAACAUGGAUGAAGUUUCUGUUCUUCGUGAAUGUCUGCGAAAAGCUGAGGAGCACACGCAAGCGAGCGAGCAGAAAGUUGUCUUGAUGGCCAAGGAGCUUGCUGAUACUUCCAAUGCCCGUGACAAAACCAUGGGUGACUUGCAUAGUGCACGAAUAAAAAUCGAUCUGCUAAAAAAGGAACUUGCUGAUAAUGAGAAUAAAUAUAAAGCAGAAAUACAAAUGCUAAGAGCUGCUUUGUCAAAAAAAGAGAAGGGUUUUUCAGUGGCUGGCAGUACUGUGGAACAAGAACUACAUAAAGAGGUUGAAGAUUUAAAACUUAGGCUUCAAAUGGCUGCAGAACAUUACAAAGAUAAAUACAAGGACUGUCAAAAACUGCAGAAGCAAGUUAUCAAACUCACAGAACAGUUGGAAGAGAAGAAAAAUGGAACAUCCUCUAACAAGCAGAAACUAACUGAUAAUGAAACAAACACUGAAUCACCUCCAGUGUCUGCAGCAGAUUUUAUUCAAGACAACUCUCCAGCAGUCAUGCCUGCUCCAUUCGAUUACACAUUUGAUCUCUUGGUGCAGACAAAGAUUAGUAAAAUGAGUCAAGAAAUAAAUGAGAAAACUGAGAAGUACAAGAAGUGCAAACAGAUGUUAGAUGAAGAGAAUGAAAGAUGUCAAGCUUUUGCUGAAGAACUGGCUCACGUGCAAGAAAAACUGGAUCAACAGUUAAAAAUAAAUAAUGACCUGAAGCGAGAAGCUGCGGAGGAUAUUCAGUAUAAGGUUCUACUCUCAGAGAAAGAGCAGGAAAUACAGGAACUCGAGGCAAAAUUGACAAAGAUUGACAAAGAAAAGGAAAUGCUGGAAAAGCUGAAUAAGGGAUUUUCACAAGAGGUAAGCAAGCAUGGAGGUGAAAGGGUUCCUGAAGAGGACAAUUCACAAAGUUCAAAACCCCAAGAUGACCAGGAGAUACUUCAAUACCCAAAUCCGUAUUCUUUGGAGGCUCCCUUAGUACCUGUGAAACAUCCUGGACUACUGUUUGGAAAUCCUUAUGCUGAGCCUGCAAGAGGUUCUGAUGGAGCAGCUGGAGCACUUUAUUCUGAUGAGAUCCAUAAAGUAUCUGCAGGCAUCCCUCCAUGGGGAUUGGAUAGUGCCGUGGUCUGCAGCCAACCUUCUCGUAACUUCAGUCGGCCAGAUGGCCUUGAGGACCCUGAUGAGCUCAUUAAUGAUGACGAUGACAAUGUUUCACCACCAGGCACUUCUGAUCCUCCAAGUUUCAUUCUACGCGAGCAAGGGGCUCACUUCUGCUUUAAUUCGAGCAUUGACCUUCACAAGAAGUGUCCACUUUGUGACGUGGUAUUUCCCCCAAGUUAUGAUCAGAGCAAAUUUGAAGAGCAUGUUGAAAGUCACUGGAAGGUGUGUCCCAUGUGCAGUGAGCAAUUUGCCCCAGAUUGUGACCAGCAAUAUUUUGAAAAACAUGUCAUGACACAUUUUGCUGAAAACGUUCAGCAUUUUGAUUAAAUUGCAAAGCCUACUUACCAUUUUUCGCUCUAUAACUAAAGUUGAUUAAUGUUAAUAAUUUAGCAAAUACACUAUAUCAUAUCACUGAAGGCCACUUUUACAGUAGUUUGCUGUAUUCUUUUAAAAAAUAUCUAAGCUGAUGAAUAUAGUAUAAAUAUCAUAUAAAUAUGUUAUUAGAAGCAUGAAUAAUCAUUACAAUGUUACUUAUUUGCAUAGCUUCAUAGAAAACAACAAAAUGUAUCUUAUUUGAACUCCACACAAUGCAUCCUUCUGCCAUAGAUGAUGAUUGCAGUUUGUCAGCAACCAGAAGUACAUUUUCUGUAAUUAAUCUAUUAACGAUCCUAAACUUAGUGUUUCAGCUUUCAAAACCUAUGGCUAUUUACAGAUAAUUAGUAAUCGAUUAGUUUGAGGCUGAGUUUGAAGUUUUUCUUUUAUUUCAGCUUGACUGAAGUUUCAGAAAUGAAAUGUGAAUCUAUGGACAAUUGUACCUGAAUAUAUAUUCUGUAAAACAGUCGUAUUUCCACUAAAAUGUCAACCAUAUCCUUUACCAUGAAUGUGAGAUUGAAUUUCCCUUCUCUGUAAAUGCCUACUGAUAUAUAUUUUCCAAAUCGUUUUGCUAUUGUGUUAAGUCUCAGCACAUAACUGUAUUUAAGUUUAAUUUUUCACUGGUAAUGAUGUAUCCAGUUUUAUGUUGCAGUGAAAUUUCUCUUUACAAUAAAGACAGGUCCAUCCAGUCUA